AUGCGGUCGAUUGCCAAUGAACCUGCAUCUCACAAAAAUGGCGCCCGCGAAUACUUCGAGCCGCUAGCCAAGUUGACCCAUGAACUUGACCCAACUCAUCCUAUCACAUUCGCCAACGUCAUGACGGCAGCAUACAAGAUAGAUCGAAUCGCCGACUUGUUUGAUGUUAGUUGUCUCAGCCGGUACUUUGGGUGGUAUUCCCAAACAGGUGACCCCGCAGAAGCGGAGGCCGCGCUGAAGGAGGAGCUGCAUGGCUGGGAAGAGAAAUUCAACAGGCCGAUUAUCAUGACCGAGUACGGCGCUGACACAAUUGCGGGUCUUCACUCCAGCCUGGCUCUGCCUUGGAGCGAGGAAUUCCAGACUCAACUGCUUGACAUGUAUCAUCGAGUGUUUGACAGUGUCGAGUCGAUGGCAGGCGAGCAGGUUUGGAACUUUGCUGACUUCCAGACGACUGUGGCUACUAUGCGGGUGGAUGGUAAUAAAAAAAUGUGUCUUCACCAGGGACCGGAAGCCAAAAAUGGCUGCACCUGA